CAAUUUAUCAAUCCAUCAAUCCAUCAAUCCAUCAAUCCAUCGUUUAUUUAUCAAUCUAAUCAUGAUUUUUACCUCUUCCUUCGCCUUUUCCCGUAUAAUAUUCACCUUCAUUUGACCCACUACUAACCCUUUUUGACUCGUACUACCUGACAUGAUCUUGCCCGUAUGAGUCAACACUACCUACCUACCUAAUCACUUAUCGUUUCUAGCCGUCCUAUGAGCCAGAUUUUAUUUUGCCCUGCUCAAAUAUAUAUCUUCGUUCGGAGGAAGGAGAAUAAAAUAAAUCCUUUGGGACGGUUCUCACAAAUUUGGACUUGUAUUUCCCCUUUGCUUGCUUUUAUCCCCAGCUUUAAUUGAGGAUCAACGGCAUCAUCUGAAGCAGUCUUCUUUGCAUUACUUUUCAAUUGGGAAUAUCUUUCAGUAAAGAAUGAUCUGAACUUUACACCAGUUUUCCCUCCAAAACUAGACAAUCCAAGAUGCUCGAUUUCAAUUCGGGUUCACUUGCCGCGGCAAUCUGCUGUCUUCUUGUAGCCAUUGUCCUUACUUUUCCAUCUGUCCUCUCAGUAAUUUCUCAUUUCCAAGGAAAAGGAAAGCAAAAUCCCAGUAUUUAUAUUGAUAAAGAUGGAGUUGCAACGGAAGAAACAAUCGCUGCAUUUACAACCAAGGUUCCCAAGGCACUCCUGAUUGUGUCGACACUUUUCGGAUUUGUAACAUCUUUAACUUUGGCCAUUGUGGAUCUCUUUCAUCAUGAUGGAUUGAACCUUGAAGAUUGGAUCAAUGUGGCGCUAUGGGUAAGUUGAAUCAUUCAUAAACUUAGGCCAUAUAUAACUUUACUGACUCGAUUGUAGUCUUUCAUCCUAAUUCAAGCGGCUAGCACUAUACUAAAUAGAAGCCCUACGAAAGCAUAUGCAAAUGGUGGUCGUACAGCAAUUUCGAGUAUCUGCCUUUUCGCCCUUUGUCUUUACGAGGAUGGCCUCAUUGUGCAGAAUCAGUCUGUGGAGGAAAAUUUCCUAUCAAGUGCAACUUUCUGGCUUCGCAUAUCUCAAUUGAUACUCACUUUGUUAGCCGCUGUUUUCGCCAUCUCAUUUCCCCGACGUCCACAUGUUACUUUGAAUGAGCACCCGGUCGAUGGCAUGUGGUCCGUUUCUGCGCUUGAUAGAUAUACCUUUGCCUGGGUUGGAGACAUAUUGGCUUUGGCCUCUGAUAAAAAGCGGCUAGAAAUACAGGAUUUACCUAAAAUGGACCAUUACACCAGGGCAAAGGAUCUCAGUGAAGCGUGGGAGGAGAAAAAGCAUACCAAAGCCCUCUGGUUUGAAAUUUUCCUGGCCCAUAAAUCGCCUUUCGUCAUUCAAUGGAUCCUUACCGUAUUCCAGGCCUUUGGAAAUUUUGCACCACAGUUUGUGACUUUUCAAAUUUUGAAGAUAUUGGAGACCCGUUUACCUGGAGAUGAAAUACAGUUCGAGGCUUGGAUUUGGGUAGCCACAUUAUUCUUGGUCACUCUCGCCGCAGCUUGGAUCGAAUCCUGGAUGUUUUGGGUUUCCUGGUCCGAACUGGCGAUUCCUAUUAGGUCACAAUUAUCUGCUCAAAUUUUCCAAAAAGCCAUGAGACGUAAGGAUGUGAAAGGAGCAGCUAGAUCCGGGAAGAAGUCCACGAAUGGCACAACUGAAGCAGCACAAGAGUCAAUCGCACAAGAUAAACCGGAAGACGAAGAAGAGGAUGAUAGUGAUCCUAAGGGAAAGCAAUCCACCGUCAAUUUGAUUGGUGUGGAUGCCAAGAGGGUAUCAGACUUUUGCUCAUUCAAUAAUUACUUUCCUGGCGCGGUCUUCAAGCUUAUCGUCUCUUUCUCUUUCUUGAUUAGUAUCAUUGGAUGGAAGAGUUUGGUUGCUGGAAUGUUGGCCAUGUCUUUAACCAUCCCUCUCAACAUUUACUUUAGCAGGCGUUAUUCAGCAGCCCAAGACAGAUUGAUGAAAGUUAGAGAUGUUAAGAUGGCAGUUGUGACUGAAGCACUUCAAGGAAUUCGACAAAUUAAGUUUUCCGCACUGGAAUCGAACUGGGGCAACAAAAUUGGCAUGGUCCGAAAGAAGGAAUUGGAUGAACAAUGGAGUGUCUAUCUCAACGAUACAAUGUUACUCUUUUGCUGGAUUACAAGCCCUAUCGCCCUUGCUGCGGUAGCAUUAGCUGUAUAUGCAUACCUCCACGGCGUUCUCCUACCAUCGGUCGCCUUCACUGCCAUUGGUGUCUUCGUCAGUCUUGAAGUUACCCUUAGUGUCAUUCCGGAACUCACCACGGACUUGAUUGAUGCUUAUAUUUCUAUAAAUCGUAUCCAAAGAUAUUUGGCUGGGGUUGAGAUAUCCGAAAGUACCAGUGACGCUCCGAAUAUUUCAUUCGAGAAAGCUUCGAUUGCAUGGCCAUGUGCUGAGGGUGAAGACGAGAUGGAUGCAAACGAACGAUAUGUUCUAAGGAAUGUAGAUGUUUCAUUUCCCCAAGGAGAAUUAAGUGUCAUCAGUGGUAAAACCGGUACUGGGAAAAGUUUAAUGCUGGCUUCAAUUCUUGGAGAGGUUGAUAUUCUUGCCGGUAAAGUCCAUGUUCCUCGUGGUCCCAAAGCCGAAGAACGACGUGAUCAUCUUGCCAACAAAGACAACUGGAUCAUUCCAUCCUCAAUCGCUUUCGUCGCACAAAUCCCUUGGAUUGAAAAUGCUAGCAUUAAGGACAAUAUUCUUUUCGGGUUACCAUCAGACGAGGAUCGUUAUCAGAAGGUUAUCGAAUACUGCGCUCUUCGUAAAGAUUUGGAAAUGCUUGGAGAUGGCGAGAAUACUGAAAUUGGGGCAAACGGUAUCAAUUUGAGUGGUGGUCAAAGAUGGAGAGUUACAUUUGCUCGAGCUCUUUACUCUCGUGCUGGUAUAUUGGUUCUAGACGACAUUUUCAGCGCCGUCGAUGCUCAUGUUGGUCGAUUCAUUUAUGAAAAAGGUCUUACUGGUGAACUUGGUGUUGGAAGGACUCGUAUCCUCGUUACUCAUCACGUUGCUCUUUGCAAAGCUAAAGCUAAAUAUGUUGUUGAGCUUGGUGAUGGAACUGUAGAAAGUGCAGGUCUUCUCUCGGAACUAGAAGAAGCAGGUACACUCGAACGUAUUAUCAGUCAUGAAGAGACACCGGAACAGAUCGCUGAGGAUGAAUCUCCCAUUACCGUAUCGGGAUCAUCUACUGUUAUUAACCCAUCCGAGUCUUCUGAUGAUGAAAACACCGAUGGAAAUACACUGGCGAAGGUUGUAUCACGAAAGGAUGACCCAAAGAAAUUUGUUCAAGAAGAGACAAGAGAGCGUGGCAGUGUUAAAGUCAAGGUCUACGGGCAUUAUCUUAAGGCUUCUGGUGGAUGGUCUUUCUGGAUACUUGUCUUGAUUGCAUUCCUUGGGCAACAAUUCUUAGUCACUGGUAAGAUAUCAACAAUCAUUGUCGUCCACUUUGCACAGUUACUGACAUUUUUUAGGUCGUUCUUGGUGGUUGAAGCUUUGGACAGAAAGCUACCAGGAAUCUAGCAUUACUAACUCCAUGUUCACAGUUCAAGCUAAUUACUUGCCAUCCUAUGGAAAUACUCAGAAUUCUUCUUUCCAAACUGAAACUAUCAAACAUGAUACUUCAUUUUAUCUAACUGUAUAUGUUGGUCUUUCGGCAAUUUCUGCGAUUGUAGGAACCCUUCGAUACUUCUACGUUUACACCGGAUCCAUCCGUGCAUCCAAGGUUCUUUUCGAAAACCUUUGCUUUACCGUCUUAAGAACACCUUUGAGAUGGAUGGACACGGUUCCACUCGGUAGAAUCUUGAAUAGAUUUACUGCAGAUUUCAAUGUAGUUGAUGGAAGAUUAGCCAAUGAUUUUGCAUUUGGAGCAAAUAACCUAUUUCAAUUGAUUGGCAUUAUUGGUACAGGGUAAGUUUAUCAGAUUCUAGUCUUUAAUCUUCAAACUAAAAAUAAUUAGUAUCUUCAUCUCUCCAUGGGUUCUUCUCAUGUCUGCAAUUCUUCUGGCACUAUGUGUUUACGUUGCACUUCUCUAUCUAUCUGGUGCAAGAGAAGUUAAAAGACUUGAAUCAACUGCUAAAUCACCAAUCUUUGAACAAUUUGGUUCUGCUCUUACUGGUGUUGGUACCAUUCGAGCUUUUGAUAAGACUGAUAUUUACAUCAGAAACAUGUGGGCCAAGAUUGAUGAUCAUUCUACUACAUUCUGGCAUUUAUGGGCUUUCAAUCGCUGGAUGGGAUGGCGUAUGUCUUUCAUCGGAGGAUUCUUCGCUACAAUUGUCGCUGUUGUUAUCAUUCUUAUUCCUACGAUUAAUGCAGGACUUGCAGGUUUCGCAUUAUCUUUUGCACUUACUUAUGGUCAAACGGUCAUGUGGACUAUUCGUCAUUAUACCAAUUUGGAGCUUAACAUGAAUGUAAGUUUGAUAAGUCUUAUCUAUUUUCUCAAUGGUUAAUUUUCUAUUUUCACCCUCUACAAACUUCUCUUCCAUACAAUCAAGUUCAUCAUCUUUUCAGAACCUGCUUUCUCUUGACAAUUACUAACUUUCUAAUUUCACAGGCAGCAGAACGUAUCGUUGAAUACUCAAACUUAAAGACUGAAUCUCUAGAAGGACCAGAUCCACCAGCAGCAUGGCCAACUGAAGGUCGUCUUGAAGUUAAUGACCUUGUUGUUUCAUAUGCAGAUGAUUUACCACCUGUCCUUAAAGGUCUCACUUUCCGCGUUGAACGUAGUGAAAGAAUCGGAGUAGUUGGACGUACCGGAGCUGGUAAAUCUUCUUUAACUCUUGCACUCUUCCGAUUUCUAGAAGCUCGUCAAGGGACAAUUCACAUCGAUGGUCUCGACAUUUCUAAAAUUAACCUACAUUCUCUACGAUCUCGUUUAGCCAUCAUCCCACAAGAUCCUGUUCUCUUUUCCGGAACCAUUAGAUCUAAUCUCGAUGCAUUUGAUGAACACUCCGACACCGAACUUCGCGAUGCUCUCGAACGCGUACAAUUAAUUCCAUCAACAUCCCAGAAUUCACCAUCAACAUCUGGAACCUCAACUCCCUCGCUCCAAACUCAAAAGAAUAAAAAUCUCUUCACAUCUCUACAAUCCCCAAUCACAGAAGGUGGACUCAAUCUUUCACAAGGUCAACGACAACUUCUCUGUCUCGCCCGCGCUAUCGUUUCACAUCCUAAAAUCAUGGUUCUAGAUGAAGCUACGAGUGCUGUGGAUAUGGAAACUGAUGCACUUAUUCAAAGAUCAAUUAGGCAAGAAUUUACCGAUAGUACGUUGAUUGUUAUCGCGCAUAGACUUUCUACAAUUGCGGAUUUUGAUAAAAUUUUGGUGAUGGGUGAAGGAAAGGUGGUGGAAUUUGGAACGCCGAAGGAAUUGUUGGCGUUGAAGGAGGGGGUUUUUAGAGGAAUGAUAAAGGAAAGUGGAGAGAGGGCAAAGUUGGAGGAAUUGAUUUUGAAGAGUUGAAAAUUUGGGAUUGGAAAUUUGAGAUUGGAAAUUUGAUAAAUUGACUGGAAUUGGAUGGAAAGAAAUAGGGAGAGAAGGAUUAAUUUAAAAUGGUGUGGAAGGGGUUGAAUUUAUAGAUUUUUUUCUUUUUUCAGCGAGCGGGGAAAAAAUUGCAUUUGUGCAUUUAUUUGGUGGGUAGGUAGGUAGGUAGGUAAGGUUAAGCUUUGGUCUUUCCUUUUCGAUUGAUCGAUUGAUUGGUAAAAGGCCUACUUACUUACCUACUUGUAUUUAAAAAAAAUUGGCGUCAGUCACUACUUGGAUGAUGAUGAUGAUGAUAGAGUUAAUUAAGCGACGAGUAAAUUGAGAU